UAAUGAUUCAUUCCAGACACGACGACCUUUGACAGCAGGCUUGUUUGCAGUGCACGCUGGGUCGUCAUACAGGGACGGGAGAGUUGGAGCAAGCAGGCAAUUCACCAGCAGGGAAGCCGUUGUCGCGGCGUCUCGGAUGAUGACGUCGGAGCGCAGCCCGCUCACCACGCGCGUGCUCAACAUCAGCGACGGCGUUCCCGCCGCACGAGUGUCCCUCAGCCUGCAUCGACUCGACUCGCAGCUCAAGCUCUGGAACAUGCUCAACCUCGGGAUGACGGACGAAGACGGCCGCUGCCCGGGUCUCAUCAGCCGGGAAGCAUUCUUGCCGGGAAUGUAUAAGUUGCGCUUUGAGACCGGAGCGUACUGGACCAGCCUGGAACGCGACUCCUUCUAUCCCUACGCUGAGGUGGUGUUCACUGUCACGGAUUCGAUGCAUAACAUCCACCUGCCGCUGCUUAUGAGCUGUUACUCCUACAGCACCUACAUGGGAAGCUGAGGACCUUCAGCCAUUCCUUGCCCCGUCCGCCUCUGUUUUGAAACCUUUCACCUAAUUUUUGUGUUUUGCAAUAUUUUUAUCGGAGUUAAAUUCAGUAACGUGUGAUACAAUUAUGAACGUGUUUCUGUGGUUGCCUGCGCUAACAAUAAAUAUAUUUAAUUCAAAAUUAA